CUACGACCCCUGAACAAACGCAUCGAAGAUAGCGAGCACUUUCUCUCUCCUCUUCUUAUCCAUCCGCAGUCUUUCAAACCCUAGAAAUUCUCCACCUCCGAGCUGAAUUUCAUGUGAUUUUCGUGGAGUUUAAGGAUUUUUGAGCUGGAUUUGGAACUGAGAGGGAGUUUGUGUUUUUUUUCUGGUUUGAUUUGACGGUGGUUGGUGGAAUUGGAGGUGCUCUGUGCUGUUGUUGAGGUGGUUUUUGAAGAUCGGGGUUCAGAGAUCGAAAUUGAACGGUGGUGUGGUUUCAGAUUUGAGGGAUGACUUCUUUGAGCAGGGAAUUGGUGUUUCUCAUACUCCAGUUUCUGGAUGAGGAGAAGUUCAAAGAGUCUGUUCACAAACUUGAGAAAGAAUCAGGGUUCUUUUUCAAUAUGAAGUACUUUGAGGAAAAGGUGCAGGCUGGCGAAUGGGAAGAAGUUGAGAAGUACUUAACAGGGUUUACUAAAGUUGACGAUAAUAGAUACUCAAUGAAAAUAUUCUUUGAAAUCAGAAAGCAGAAGUAUCUGGAAGCACUUGAUCGGCAAGACAAAGCAAAAGCUGUGGAGAUAUUAGUUGGUGAUUUAAAAGUGUUCUCCACCUUCAAUGAGGAACUAUACAAAGAAAUCACUCAGCUGUUAACACUUACUAAUUUCAGAGAGAAUGAGCAGCUGUCUAAAUAUGGUGAUACCAAAACUGCUAGGAGCAUUAUGUUGAUAGAACUAAAAAAGCUCAUAGAGGCAAAUCCUCUUUUCCGUGAUAAGCUUGUCUUCCCUACCCUCAGGUCAUCAAGACUGCGAACUUUAAUCAAUCAAAGUCUGAACUGGCAGCACCAGCUCUGUAAAAACCCGAAGCCAAAUCCAGAUAUAAAGACUUUAUUUACAGAUCAUACUUGUGCACCUCCUAAUGGUCCUCUGGCACCAACCCCCAUCAACCUUCCGAUUGCUGCACUCGCAAAGCCUGCUGCUUAUACUUCACUUGGAGCUCACGGUCCCUUCCCUCCUGUUGCUGCAACUGCUAAUGCUAAUGCUUUGGCUGGUUGGAUGGCCAAUGCCUCAGCUUCGUCAUCUGUCCAAGCAGCUGUUGCCACAGCGUCAACUAUUCCAGUGCCACAGAAUCAAGUGUCUAUCUUGAAACGUCCUAAAACACCUCCAGCAACUCCUGGGAUGGUUGAUUAUCAGAAUGCUGAUCAUGAACAGCUAAUGAAAAGGCUUCGCCCUAAUCAUUCUGUAGAGGAGAUGUCAUAUCCUGUGGCUCGACAAGCCUCUUGGUCAUUGGAUGAUCUGCCAAGAACGGUGACUAUGACUUUGCAUCAGGGGUCCUCUGUUACAAGCAUGGAUUUUCAUCCUUCUCACCAUACCUUACUUCUUGUUGGUUCUAAUAAUGGUGAGAUUACCCUCUGGGAACUCAGUUUGCGAGAAAGGUUGGUCUCAAAGCCGUUCAAGUUAUGGGAUGCGUCAGCAAGCAUGCUACCAUUUCAGGCAGCUGCGGUCAAGGAUGCACCUAUUUCUGUCAGUCGUGUCACGUGGAGCCCUGAUGGAAGUUUUGUAGGUGUUGCUUUUACUAAACAUUUGAUUCAUUUAUAUGCCUACACUGGAUCAAAUGACCUAGCCCAGCGCAUAGAGGUUGAUGCCCAUAUUGGUGGUGUGAAUGAUUUGGCAUUUGCUCAUCCAAAUAAACAGCUAUGUAUUGUGACUUGUGGGGACGAUAAAUUGAUAAAGGUGUGGGAUACAAAUGGCCGAAGACUAUUUACCUUUGAGGGGCAUGAGGCGCCUGUAUAUUCUAUUUGUCCUCAUCACAAAGAGAGCAUUCAGUUUAUAUUUUCAACUGCCGUUGAUGGAAAAAUAAAGGCUUGGUUGUAUGAUAACAUGGGUUCUAGGGUUGACUAUGAUGCCCCUGGUCAUUGGUGUACUACGAUGCUUUACAGUGCUGAUGGAAGUAGAUUGUUUUCUUGUGGGACAAGUAAAGAUGGAGAGUCUUUUCUUGUUGAAUGGAAUGAAAGUGAAGGAGCCAUUAAGAGAACAUACAAUGGAUUCAGAAAGAAAUCUGCCGGUGUUGUCCAGUUUGACACAACCCAAAAUCGCUUCUUGGCUGCAGGCGAAGACGGCCAAGUGAAGUUUUGGGACAUGGACAAUAUAAAUCUUCUUGCAAGCACUGAUGCAGAUGGUGGAUUACAGGGCCUUCCACGCUUGAGAUUCAAUAAGGAAGGAAAUAUUCUUGCUGUUACCACUAUGGACAAUGGAUUCAAGAUACUUGCUAAUGCUACUGGUCUUAGAUCCUUAAGAGCAAUUGAAACUCCAGCAUUUGAAGCAUUGCGGACGCCCAUUGAAUCUGCUGCAGUCAAGGUAUCUGCCUCUUCUGUUAAUGUUAGUCCUAUCAACUGCAAAGUGGAAAGAAGCUCUCCUGUCAGGCCUUCUCCAAUUCUUAAUGGAGUUGAUCCCGUGGGUCGAAAUGUAGAGAGACCAAGAACCGUGGAAGAUGUAACAGAUAGGACUAGACAAUGGCAACCAACUGAAAUUCUGGAUACUGUCCAAUGUCGGUCAGUUAGCUUGCCUGACAGCAUGGAGUCUUUCAGCAAGGUCAUCCGACUUUUAUAUACAAAUUCUGGUGUUGGUAUUUUGGCCCUUGGUUCAAAUGGUAUCCAGAAGCUUUGGAAAUGGGCUCGCAAUGAACACAAUCCUACUGGGAAGGCUACCGCCAGUGUUGUUCCACAACAGUGGCAACCCAACAGUGGUCUUCUUAUGACUAAUGAUAUCUCAGGUGUAAACCUUGAAGAAGCGGUCCCUUGCAUUGCACUCUCAAAAAAUGACUCAUAUGUCAUGUCUGCCUGUGGCGGAAAGGUUUCACUAUUUAACAUGAUGACAUUCAAGGUAAUGACCACAUUUAUGCAACCACCUCCUGCAUCUACCUUUCUAGCUUUCCAUCCUCAGGAUAACAACAUUAUUGCCAUUGGGAUGGAGGAUUCAACCAUUCACAUCUAUAAUGUCAGAGUGGAUGAGGUGAAAUCAAAAUUAAAGGGUCACCAGAAGCGAAUAACUGGUUUGGCCUUCUCAACCAAUCUUAACAUCCUUGUCUCAUCUGGUGCUGAUGCUCAACUUUGCGUGUGGAGCAUUGAUACAUGGGAGAAAAGAAAAUCAAUUCCAUUACAACUACCUGCGGGAAGGUCACCUGUUGGUGAUACACGGGUUCAGUUCCAUUCGGAUCAACUUCGCUUAUUGGUGGUCCAUGAGACUCAGUUGGCAGUAUAUGAUGCCUUAAAGAUGGAACGCAUUCGGCAGUGGGUUCCCCAAGAUGCUCUGUCUGCUCCCAUAUCAUGUGCAGUUUAUUCUUGCAACAGUCAGUUAAUAUAUGCUACAUUUUGCGAUGCAAACGUUGGGGUUUUCGAUGCUGAUACCUUGAGACUAAGAUGUCGAAUUGCACCAUCUGUAUGCUUGUCAUCUGCUGCUUUAAGCGGAAACCAGGCUGUGUAUCCUUUUGUGGUUGCGACUCAUCCACUAGAACCUAACCAGUUUGCUGUUGGGUUAACUGAUGGGUCUGUCAGAGUGAUAGAACCUACUGAAUCAGAAGGUAAGUGGGGAUCUUCUCCACCUGUGGACAAUGGAAUAUUGAAUGGUAGGACAGCUUCUUCAUCUACAACAAGCAACCACACUGCCGAUCAGGCCCAAAGAUAAGAUUCAUUGUAGUAUAGUAGCGUAGUUCUUGCCAUUUGUAAGUUUAUCAGCCUAGGUAUUUAUAUUUUGAUUCACCAUUUUGUCUCAUCAAUAUCAGGUCAGCUUGGACAUAAAAUGAUAAAUUUUUAGAUGUACCCUCUUGUAUACCUUAAUUUAUUCUAGUUAAACUUAAAUUUUAUGUUUAUAUUUCA